AUGCCGUUAAUAAAAAAUCCACCAGCUGUUUCGCCAGCAUCAGAUGUUUGCUCUGAUGAAACAAGUUUACCGAAAUCUCGAAGUAGCAUUUACAAAAAAAGUACCAAGACUCCAACAUCAACAGCUGUUUCACCUGCAUCAUAUAUUUGUCAUGAUAAAACCGUUCAAACAUUAAGACAGCCAACAGCUCUGAAUGCCAUUUACAAAGCAGCCCCCAGAAUUCAAUCAUUUUCUACAGCUGUUUCACCUACAUCAAUGUAUGCAGAUGUGUCAAUUUCUGCUCCUAUUGACGCUUAUCAUGAUAAAACCAAUUCGAAUACCGGACCUAUAACACCAAUCAGUAUGAAACCUAUUUCCACUUUUUCAGCUCAAUAUACAGCUAAUAAAUAUAACCCAGAUAAAUUUAACUGCAAGCCAUCAAACGCACGAUUUUUCGUAAUGAAAUCUUAUAGCGAGGAUGAGGUUCAUGCAUCAAUAAAAUAUGGAAUUUGGCGCAGCACGGAAAUUGGGAAUAGUCGUUUGGAUAUGGCAUUUCGUGAUAAUGCGGAUAAAGGCCCAAUUUAUUUGUUUUUUAGUGUCAAUGCUAGUGGACAUUUCUGUGGUAUGGCAGAAAUGGUUUCUUCGGUGGAUCAUGUAACAAAUAAUGAUGUUUGGGGACAUGAUAAAUUUAAGGGCGAAUUUAGAGUUAAAUGGAUUUUCGUUAAAGAUAUUCCCAACAGUCAACUAAGGCAUAUUAGAAUAAUAAACAACGAAAAUAAACCUGUCACAAAUAGUCGUGAUACUCAAGAACUGUUUCCUGAAGCUGGACACGAAAUGUUAAAGAAAUUUUUCUAUUAUCAAAAUAGAACAUCAAUAUUAGAUGAUUUCAAGUUUCAUGAAAAACGUCAAAUCGAAAUGGAAAAGGGUAGAAUUGCACCAGAAAGUUCCGAUAUCAUGCCCUAUGAACAUUGGUCCGAGAUAGCGUCCAAGCUUUGUCAAAAAUUUUCAGAUAAAUACUGA